AUGGACACUGUCAAUUUUCUUGGAAUCUCUAUAGUGGGACAAAGUUCUGCUCGUGGAGAUAACGGAAUCUAUGUAGCUAAUAUUAUGAAAGGAGGUGCAGUUGCACUUGAUGGCAGAAUUAGUGCUGGAGAUAUGAUCUUGCAAGUUAACGAUAUAUCAUUUGAUAACUUCACAAAUGACCAAGCAGUCGAUGUUCUGCGAGACGCAGUGGCUAGGAAAGGUCCUAUCAAGUUAACUGUUGCCAAGUGUUUUGACAGCGGACCGAAGAGCUGUUUCACGAUUCCUAGAAAUCAUCGAGAUGAGCCUGUCAGGCCAAUUGAUACGCAAGCAUGGAUUCAGCACACGAAUGCUAUGCGAGGAAUGCCAAGCAUUCUAGAAGGCUCAGAAGGAGCGCCAACCCCUAUACCGGGAGAUUGGCCGCAUGGAAGACCACCAAGUAGUUCAACCGUGACAUCAACUGGCUCAAAUGGACAGAACACGGUCGUGACUGGGCAACACAUCCGGUUAGACAUACAUACUGACAAAAAGAAGGUCGUUGAGGUAAUGGCAAUGCCCAAUUCUGGCCUAGAUAUAAAGAAUAGAACGUGGCUGAAGAUUCCAAUUCCAAUGUCGUUCUUGGGAAAAGAUCUUUUGGAUUGGCUUUUGGCUCACGUUGACGGUUUGUUAGAACGAAAGGAUGCACGGAAGUACGCGGCUGAGCUACUCAAACGAAAGCUUAUUGCUCACGUAGUUAACAAGAUUACCUUCACUGAACAAUGCUACUAUGUUCUUGGAGAGGAGUGCGCAGAUUUCGCUCGCUAUCGUGCCCAUCCAGAAGACCUGGUUGCUCAUCAGCAACUGGCCGCUGGCCAACAGCAGCGAAUGCAUUGGACUACGGUGCCAGGAGGCGCAGCGACUAAAGCGCCUGCAUCGAUGGUAAGCGACGCGCAUGGACGGAUGUACGUCAUGGAUAUUUGA